GCGUCACAGGCCCCGCCCACUGGACGCGCCGGCGCGCGGGGCGAGCUCGCCGACCCGGGCCAUGGCGCUGGCAGGUGCACCUGAAGUGAUCCGGGCGGCGCAGAAAGACGAUUACUACCUGGGAGGCCUGCGGAGCGCGGCGGGUAGCGCGCUGCACAGCCUAGCGGGUGCCAAGAAGUGGCUGGAAUGGAGAAAAGAGAUCGAACUGCUCUCAGACAUAGCCUACUUUGGCCUCACUACAAUUGCAGGGUACCAGACACUCGGAGAGGAGUAUGUUGGGAUCAUCCAAGUGGACCCAUCCCAGAAGCGUGUGCCCUCCAUGCUCCGCCGUGGGGUGCUGGUGGCACUGCACGCUGUCUUACCCUACCUGCUGGACAGAGCACUGCUGCCCCUAGAGCAGGAGCUGCAAGCCGAUGGUGAAGGGACACGGGCUUCACAGGGAGGUCUGCUAUCUGGAGGACGCAGCAGAUCAGGGGCAAGGCGCUGGGUGCGUCACCAUGCGGCCACCCUGACUGAACAGCAAAGGAGGACGCUCCAGCGGGCAAUCUUUAUCCUCAGACAGGGCUUCGCCUGCCUCCAUCGGUUCCAUGUUGCUUGGUUUUAUAUCCAUGGUGCCUUCUAUCACCUGGCCAAGAGGCUAGCAGGGAUCAGUUAUCUCCACAUUCGCCGCUUGCCUGGAGAAGACCUGAGAGCUCGUACAAGCUACCGACUGCUAGGACUCAUCUCCCUGUUGCAUCUGGCACUGUCUGUGGGGCUGCAGUUGUACAGCUUCAGGCAGAAGCAGCGAGCCAGGAAGGAGUGGAGGCUGCACCGCAACCUGUCCCACCGCAGGAGUUCCCUGGAAGACAGAGCUGUUUGCAGAACCCCACUAUGCACCCUGUGCUUGGAGGAACGGAGACACUCCACAGCUACGCCUUGUGGCCACCUCUUCUGCUGGGAGUGCAUUACUGAAUGGUGCAACACUAAGACAGAGUGUCCCCUGUGCAGGGAGAAGUUCCCACCCCAGAAGCUGGUCUACCUGAGGCACUACCGAUGACCGGGACAGGUCAUCACCAAACAGCUCCAACAAGUGGAUGGACGUUCACAGAGUUUAACCUCAGAACCGUGGUUGUACAGAAAUAUAAAAUCCUCACACUAUUGUCAUGAAAGCUACUAGUUCACCUGGGAAGAGAAAGGGUCGGGGCAAGUGGGCAGUACUCCAUAUGUGGGCAGGAGAGUUUGUUACCCCUUGUUUAUUAUGGCUUCUUCUCAGACCCUGGAGGUAGUGGGGCCCUCCCUUCCCAAGCCACCCGCUGAGAACUGCUUCAGAAGCUCGGGUGUUUCCUCAGGUCUGUGUGAGAAGCAGGGCUGAGGGUCAUGCUGGGGUACAGCACCACGCUGUGGGCUCCACACCCACACAGGUCUGCACUCCUAACACACCACAUGCUUAUCAAUGCGUGUCCCCAACUCCUUAAGGAAAUGGAGGUCUCCAUUUUGGCCUGCUAGGUAGGAAUGGGGGCUGAGUUGCAGAAUCUUUUUAAUUGUAUGAAGGUGCACACAGGUCAGAGAACAACCCGCAGGAGUUGUUUCUUUUUACCAUGUGUCUCAGGGAGUAAACUCGGGCUGGGCAGCACAUCUUUACUUGUUGAACAUCUCGCCAACCUGGCAGAGUUGGCUUGAAUGAGUUUUCUCCUAUAAACGACACCAGUCCUCUGAAGAAGUUUGGUUGAGUUUUAUCUGCUUGGAGGCCUGGAUGAACAAGUGUGACCCUGCUUACCCAAAGUCAUUGCAGUGUCCAGCUCGUUCUUGGCUUGUCCCUAGUGUGUUUCUUGCCCCCUUUUUACAUUUCCAAGCUGACAAAGACAGCCUGGAACAUCUUUAAGAGACUAAGUCCACAGAAAAAGUACAUUAAGAACAAAAGAUCUAGCUGGGUGGUGGUGACACGUACUUUUAAUCCCAGCACUAGGGAGGCAGAGGCAGGUGGAUCUCAGUGAGUUCAAGGCCCACCUGGUCUAUAGAGCUAGUUCUAGGACAGCCAGGCUACAAAGAAAAACCUUGUCUCAAAAAAACCAACAACAAAAAUAGAUCUAGAAAGACUUCAGAAAAUAAUGUGAAGAUAUCUAUAAUUAGUGAUUAGGACUAAAGCUCGGCCAGCAGCAGUGGUGUUUGAUGUCACAAUGUUCCUUGACAAGGUCCCCUUACCAAGAGCAGGAACUGUUCCUCUAGGGGGAGCAGGGGACCCCUAGAGGAACAGUAACUUCGGGGACCCUAUGGAAGACAACGUUCCUGUGGGACCCAGAACACAACUCUGCAGUGAUCUGCAGUAACCCAUUUGCAACUCACUGCUCUGGCCAGGUACACCCAACUUUCUAUCAUAUCUUGAGCCUGGUCAGUGAUGUAGAAAAUAUAAACAAAAAUGUCCACAUCUGAACCCACAUGCUCACAUAGAAAAAAACAAACAAACAAACAAAAAACUUACUUAAACAUCAUUAGAAAAUAUGGGUUGAGUGUACAAAAUGUGACCUACGAGGAGCAUCAUAGUGUCAGCAAAAGGGGCCCAGGUGAUUGACUUACUCGAUAUCUGAAAUUGUAGGACUGUGAGAACACAACCAAGUAGGGUUCUGAACAAGUCACAGCCUGGGAGGGGAAGCCCACCUGCACCUGACAGCCUCUCUCCCUCCCUCCCUCCUGGUCCUGACAGCCUCCCUCCUUCCCUCCCUCCCUCCCUCCUGGUGUUACUUGGUUGGCUACUCAGUUCCCCUGCUGUAGCUGUGGACAGCAGGCUGUGCUUCAGUAAAAUGACUAGUGGUGCAGACGGGAGACUACAAGCAAGGGACACUUUCUUUAAUAAAGUUGGAAUUUAAAAGUCA